AUGAAAGUUAUUAUAAAUUUUGGUGAAAAAAAAGUCGUCGUACCAUGUGGUUUGGACGGCGAUAUAUCUGUACGAGAAUUAAUUAACAUAGCAACAGCAAAAUAUCGUAAAUUGUCAUACGAUACUGGGUCAAUUUUGAACAGUGAUCAAGUUCAAUUACGAUUGAAUAAUGGUGCUGUUGUAGACCCGGAUGAUCGAGUUUGUGAUGUUGUUGAUGACCGUGAAGAGUUAUUUGCUAUUAUUGACUUUCAACAAACAAAUCAACCAUCGUACACAACAACAAUAAAUAGUAAUGGUGAUUUAUCGUCAAGUGUAACUAGUUCAAGUCUAUCAUCAAAUCUCUCGGAACAUGAUCGUUUAAUGAUGCCGAAUUCAACUAAUCGUCAUGAAGUGAUUGUGACCGAUGCUGAUCUUCGAACUCGAUCUUUACGUGUAAAAAACGAUCCAAAUUCGAACUCGCAACAGUCAAUAUCACAAUCAUCGUUUAAUAGCAAAAUGACAUAUCGAAAAACAUAUUCACCGCCAACACAAGAUGCAAUUAAAAUUCAAUCAUCCGAUGAUAUUACAGGAGUGCAUAAUUUUUAUAUUGAUGAAACAACGGGUGAUAAAAUAUUCUCUAUUGUACUGCCAAAAGAAAACAGUCCGCUAGGCAUACAUGUUGUACCGUGUAAUGGCGAUGAACAACAAGUUCGUGGACUUGUUUUACAAAAUAUUGAAGCUGAUGGACGUAUUAAACGACAAGGAAUAUUACAGUUAAACGAUCGAAUUAUUGCAAUCAAUCGAACGAAUAUUGAACAAUGCUCAUUCGAUAAAGCUCAGCUAAUAUUUCGAACGGCAUUACUUGAGCCUGAACUGGAAUUGAAAGUCGUUCGUAGUAUGAAAAAACCACCAAUACCACCGAAACCAACAUCAUUCCGGUCCAAUAGUAAAACACGUCCGACAUUAUCCGAAAUAAACCCCAACAAUGAUUUAACAUUUAUCGAUAACGAUUCAAACAUGCAUUCAUUAAACACAAGACGCUUAGGAAAAAUAAUUAAGCUUUCAAUUAUUAAAGGAAAUGAUGGUCUCGGUUUCAAAUUAGCAUCGCGUGAUAAUCCAACGGGUGCUGCUAAUCCAAUCUAUGUUAAAACAAUAUUCCCAAAAGGUGCUGCCAUUGAUGAUGGACGUUUACAACGUGGUGAUCGUUUAUUAACAGUUAAUUCGAUUGAUGUUACGCAAAUGUCGUUACCAGAAACAGUUGGUUUAUUGCGCGAAACGCGUAUUGGUGAUAAAGUUGAAUUAGUUAUAUCAAGACAGCGUGAUGGCUCAUUGCCACAAGAUCUAGUAAGUGAUGGAGCACCAACCGCGGAUAUAAAAAAUGAAAUAAAACCACAAAUAACGACAUACGAUAUUCCAUUGAAUGAUACAUCAUCAGCUGGUCUCGGAAUUACUCUGAAAGGAAAAACAUCGAUUGUCGAUGGACAAUCUAUGGAUAUGGGAAUUUUUAUUAAAAGUAUAUUAACUGGCGGUGCUGCAUCUCGAGAUAAUCGUCUACGACCUAAUGAUCAAAUUCUUGUUAUCAAUGAUUCAUCAUUAAUAAAUCUAUCAAAUUUAGAAGCAGCUGCCAUAUUACAUGAAGCUGUACGACGUGAAAUUCAUCCUGGAUAUAUUAAAGUAACUAUUUCACGUUUACCAAUGACAACCGAUGAUCAAUAUACGAAUGCUGCAAGACAUAUUAAAGAAAUUGAUUUAUCUCCUCUGCCAUCGUCAUCAAUAAUUCCAGUGAAUAAUGAUGAAAAUGAAUUAGAUCUUACAACAUUUGUUCCACCUCCUCUUAUACGAAAGCCUCCAACACAACAAUCAACUCGCCAUUCAUCUCGAUUAGAAUCAACACGACUCGCAGAUUCUGAUCUACGCGCAUCAAGUCCUCGAUCUCAAUCAUCGACAGCUCGCUCAACAAUCAAUCCAUCGCCAUCGAGAGCUAAACAAAUAUUUAUUCAACCGCAAAAUGAACAACAAGCUACAGAUGAUGUCGAUAGUGGCAGUAAAAAUCCAUUUGAUCGGGAAACACCAUUUCGUCAGAGUGUCUCAGAAAAACGUCGUUUAACGCAUCAACCCAAUAAACAAAUUGUUCAAUGGAAACAACGAUCUUUUCAUGAAAGUCGAACGAACAAUGAACGAAAACAACCAAUACGAACUUUACCCAGUUCAUCAUCGCCAAAUAAUAAUAAUCAUUCGUCACCUGUCCUUAUUCGCUCAUCAUCAUUUGAAAGUAUUCAUACGACAAAUGAAGGACAUGAAUCAUCAAGUGUAAUACAUGUUAAUGAUGAAGAACGAAAGCGUCAAGCUAAAUUACGUAGUCGAGCAUGUAAUGAUUCAUUUCGACAGGCUGUUGAUAAAUCUUAUUCUCAUAGUCAAAAUGUCAAUGAUGAUGACAUACUGAAUGAUAAUAAAGUGAAUAAAUCAGAGAAACAUCGAUUUCGUUUUUCGAAUAUUUUUAAUACCAAAACAAAACGAAAGGAUCUUCAAGAUGAAACAAAUAACUCUCUAGUUAUUCAAAAUCAAGCAUCCACAACUACUCAUGAAAUUCAUCCAACAUUUUAUCCACCACCACCUCCAGCAUUUAGUUCAAGACAAGAUUCAGCAUCAUCAUCAUCUUCAUCAUCUGCAAACAAGCCAACUAAAAUUCAUAAUAACGAUCAUCCUUCAUCUGUAUUUUCAUACCCAUCAACAUCCAAUGAGCAACAACAACAGCAAGGCUAUCAGCCAUAUCGCUUUGAUUCGAAUCAAUUAUCUUCACAUAGUCAACAACAAGUUGAUCAUAUACCAACCAUGCGUUACGAGUCUAAAUUAAUGCAUGAAUAUCAAUCAAAAAACAUGCCCGGCAAAUCAUCAUUAUCCAUCAACACUCAAAAAUCUGUACACCCACCUAUUCCAAGACAAUUUCUAAAUUCAAAUCUGAAUGGUUCACAAUCAUUGAAACAACACCAGCCAUCGUCUCAUCCAUCUAUAUUACCAUUACAAACAACUCAAUCGCCAUAUCCAUCGACAUUUACUGUUCAACCAGCACAUUUUACAUCGUACAGUCACAAUAUGGAUAUUCCCAUAAAUACAUCUCAACAACAAAAUAGACGAAUAGGUUAUACAGCGACACCUAUUUAUCCGACGACACGAAGUUAUUUUCAUCUCGAAAAUCCGGCUAAUGUUUAA